UUCUAAUGUCGCCAAACACCGGCCAUUCCAGAUGCGUCGUACAGCAAACCCAGUGCCUGUAUGUCCUGUUAGCAUUAGCCGCUAGCUUUGUUGUCAUAUGUGGAAGCAGAAAGGAUGGAUGGCACCGAGGGUGACAGUCUGGAGGUGAGCAUGGAGGUGGAGGGCUGGGACUCGAGUUUGGAGGAGGAGCUGGGCAUUUCGCUGGUGGAGCUGAAGCAGUGGAUCGACGAGGCAGUGGAGAAGAGUGAGAUGGUGCAGAAGAAGAAAGCCGAUCUGCACGAGCUUCAAGAAUGGGUGGAGAAGAAAGAGAAGGAAAAUGCAGUGGUUGAAUCGCUGCUUAAAGAUGCCAGUCAAUCUUUACUUGAAUGUGAGAAGUUGGUGAAGGAGACGUACGAACAGAAUGGCCUGGUGUAUGUGGAGAGCAGUUCAGAGGAGGAGGGUUUGGGAGGAGAGCCGCUGUCCUCUGAGGUCAUUGAGAUUGACGAUGACGACGAUGACGAUGUUAUUGCUGUGGGCUGUUUGGUUCCUCCCAAGUCACCUGCACUUACUUCACCGAUGAAAGAUACCUCAGCAGCUCUGCAGAAAACUUCUCAACAAGUUCAGGAGUUAGUACAGUUUGUCAGCAAGUCAGCUUUAGGACCUCCCCCGGGCAGGCAGUCAGGCCAGGUUCACCCUCAGGCGCCUCCAGUGAUCGUGUCCCAGAUCUCGUCUCAGUCGGUGCCGCAGCCAAACCACUCAAACAUCAAAGAGUACGAGCUCAAAGUGGGGAUGGUUGUGCUGGGGAAGAAACGCACCAAGAUCUGGCACAACGGGACCCUCGUCGCCAUACAGCCGUCGGGAGUGGAUGGUGUUGAAAAGUUUAAAGUGAAGUUUGAUAAAGGCAAAAGUCUUCUCUCUGGAAAUCACAUCGCUUUCACCUUCAACCCGAUCCUGGAAAACCUCUAUGUCGGAGCUCGUGUUGUGGCCAAGUACAAGGACGGGAACUCGGAGUGGCUUUAUGCUGGCAUCGUCGCUGAAAUGCCCAGUACCAAGAAUCGUAUGCGAUUCCUGAUAUUCUUUGAUGACGGUUAUGCUUCAUACGUAGGAUUGCGAGAUCUCUUUCCAGUGUGUCGACCAUUGAACCGCACAUGGGAGGACAUUGAGGACGCUUCAUGCCGAGACUUCAUUGAGGAGUACAUCACUGCGUAUCCCAGCAGGCCCAUGGUGCUUCUGAAAGUGGGACAGAUCAUUAAAACUGAAUGGGAGGGCACCUGGUGGAAGAGCAGGGUCGAGGAGGUGGAGGGAAGCUUGGUUAAAAUCUUAUUCUUGGAUGAUAAAAGGAGUGAGUGGAUCUACAGAGGCUCCACACGUUUGGAACCGAUGUUUAAUCUGAGAAUGACCACGGCCAACACACAAGAGAAGAAGCUGGCUGGACUGCAGAGGUCUCGCCCCAACAUGGGUGCAUUGAGGACUAAGGGCCCUGUGGUUCAGUACACCAGUGAGGGUGCAGUGGGAGCCUCUCCGGUCAAAGCUCCGCAGCCCACAUUAAACCCGCCCUCACAAACCCAGAUGCCCUCCCUUCCUGCGCUUAUCACGCCUCCACAACUAAUAACUCAAACCUCUCCACAAAAGAGCCCUCAGCCUGCACAACCUCCGCGUGUCGAUUCGAAGCAUCAAAUGGCAAAGAAAAGCACGUCUCCGUUUGUCCCCGGGGUUGGAGGCACUCAUGCUUCUAAAGUUUUGCAGUCAAUGUCUCUAUCCAGCCCUCCCAGCAGCCUCUCAGGGUCAAGAUUGUUAAGUCCUCCGUCUACGUUCCAGCGCCCUCAGCCCAUCCUGCCCUCCUCUCCUCCCAUGAGCCACGCAGUCACCACCAUCCCGCAGCAGCCCUCCUACCGCGCCCCCACAGAUCGCAUCUUCUAUUUUGCACACACCUGUCAAUUAUCCUGCCUCAAUCGGGUCAGACCCACAAAACUGGACUUUUACAGAGGAAAGAACCCCCUCCUCGUACCUCUGCUGUACGAUUUUAGACGUAUGACUGGGCGCCGUAAAGUUAAUAGAAAGAUGUCGUUCCAUGUUAUUUAUAAAGCUCCGUGUGGGUUGUGUCUGAGGACCAUGGCAGAGAUCGAGAAGUACCUUUUCCUGACAUCGUGUGACUUCAUCUUUCUGGAGAUGUUUUGUUUGGACCCGUAUGUUCUGGUGGACAGGCCGUUCCACCCUCAGAGACCCUUUUAUUACAUCCCUGACAUUACCCGAGGCAAAGAGGACGUGCCGCUGUCCUGUGUCAACGAGAUCGACUCCACGCCUCCUCCUAAAGUCGCAUACAGUAAAGAGAGAAUUCCUGAAGACGGUGUCUCUAUUAAUACCAGUUCAGAGUUCCUGGUUGGAUGUGACUGUACUGAUGGAUGUCAAGACAAAUCCAAAUGUUCCUGUCACCAGCUCACCCUGCAGGCGACGGCGUGUACUCCAGGGGCACAGAUCAAUCAAAACGCAGGAUAUUUGCACAAAAGACUUGAAGAAUGUUUGCCCACUGGAAUUUAUGAGUGUAAUAAGAUGUGCAAGUGUUCGCAUCAAAUGUGCACGAACAGACUGGUGCAGCACGGCCUUCAAGUCCGUCUGCAGCUUUUCAAAACACAGAACAAAGGCUGGGGCAUCCGCUGCCUGGACGAUGUGGCAAAAGGCUCAUUUGUUUGUAUUUAUGCAGGAAAAAUAUUGACAGAUGAUUUUGCGGACAAAGAGGGUUUGGAGAUGGGGGACGAGUACUUUGCUAAUCUGGAUCACAUCGAGAGUGUGGAAAACUUCAAAGAGGGAUAUGAAAGCGAGGCUCACUGCUCCGACAGUGAAGGCAGCGGCGUGGACGUGUCCCGAAUGAAAUCCCAGCCCUCUGCUGUGACAUCCAACCCGGCGGGACGAUCUUCACAGAAAGGUAAAGGAUCGAGCUCGUCUGGAGACAGCAGCGACGGGAACGACAAGGAGUCAAAGAGCGACGACGAGAGCGACAGUUCAGACGAUACGUUUGUGAAAGAAAACUACUUCAACUCAAGCUCAGUGUGGAGGAGCUACACCACCCGCCAGGCUAAAGGCAAGGAGGGGAGUCAGGACAGUAAAGAUGAGAUGAGCACAAAAAAACCCAAAGGAGCAGAGAACAAACCCCCAGCGAUGCCCGAGGAGACGGGGAAGAGCAAAGUGGCCUCAUGGCUCACCAGCCAAGGUCUUAAGAAGGAUUCUGGAGACGGCAAAAGUGAAGUGAAACCUGAAGCAAAAAAGCAGGAUGUCAUGACUCUGUCGGACAGUGACGAUGUUCAGACCAUCAGCUCCGGGUCAGAUGAAAAAGAGAAAGAGAAAAUCACUGUGACCAAGAAGCAGGUUGCUGUCAAAUCCACCAGAGGCAUCGCCCUGAAGACGAGUCACGGGAUGAUGGUGAAGAGCGGCGCGGGCGGGGCAGAGGCGGCGGGGGGUCAGGGAGGAAAACAACAAACAGCAGGGGGCAAAGACAGCGGACCCCGAAAUACACGCUCUUUCUUUGACGGAGAGGAGUCCUGUUAUAUCAUCGACGCCAAGCUGGAAGGCAAUCUCGGGCGUUACCUCAAUCACAGCUGCAGUCCAAACCUUUUUGUCCAGAAUGUGUUUGUGGACACACACGACCUGCGCUUUCCCUGGGUGGCAUUCUUCGCCAGCAAGCGUAUCCGAGCAGGCACUGAGCUGACGUGGGACUAUAACUACGAGGUAGGCAGUGUUGAGGGCAAAGUGCUGCUGUGCUGUUGUGGAUCUACAGAGUGCAGAGGGAGACUACUGUAACCAGCUCUAACUAUAGGAAGCUCUUUGAUUAUAUUGUAUGAGUUUUAGUACAUUUAUGUUGACCUUAUUUUAUACAAAGCGGUUUUGUCAUGUGUCUUUUAAUGUUUUUUUCAUUUCUCCUGAAUAAAGAUAUUUCAUUGAA